UUUCACCGGCGCUGGUAAGGUUUGAGAGGCAGCUUCAAUUCGAUUCCGAUGCGCCGCCCCCCGAGUUCAAAGACCACCACGGCCGAUGUGCAAGAAACGCUGACAAAGCAGCUCAAGCAGCGAACCCUCGGGUCGCGCUGGCGCCACCACCUGCCGUUGUUGCUGAUUGUUGCCGCUGUUGCGACUGCCGUCGCCUACACACUCGACACGUUCGGCGGUCCGUACGACAACAUUGGGAACAUCGAUACGUCCGGUGUCGAGUACGCCGCGUACGGGCCCAUCGACGCUGUCUACACGUGGGUCAACGGAUCCGACCCCACGUGGCAGCAAUCCAAGAGCCACUGGCUCCAGCGCUGGAGCGGCCGCAACGCCACGAAAGACUCGGCCUCGGCCGAGAACCGGUUCCGAGACAACGACGAGCUCCGCUACUCGAUCCGGUCGCUCGAGACGUACGCGCCGUGGAUCCGACGCAUCUUUCUCGUGACGGACGGUCAAGUGCCCACGUGGCUCGACCUCUCGCACCCGCGCAUCACAGUCGUGCCGCACAGCGACAUCUUCCCGAAUGCGUCGCACUUGCCGUCGUUUGCGUCGCCCGCGAUCGAGUCGCAUCUGGACAACAUUCCUGGGCUGGCCGAGUACUUUUUGUACUUUAACGACGAGGUGUUUUUGUCGGCGCCGGUGCUGCCGUCCGACUUUAUGAGUCCGCGAGGGACUCAGAACCUGUUUUUCGCAUGGGACGCGCCCGAUUGUGCGCCAGGAUGCAAGCACGCGAUGCUCGGGAACGACCAGUGCCACGCGAGCUGCAACGUUGCGAGCUGUGAUUACGACCUUGGCGACUGCACGUGUGACGCGUCCAUGUUGCUUGUCGAACAAGACGACUGGGAUACCGUGUGCCGAGCACCAGACCGAUCGAUGGCGCAGAAGACCUCGGAGUGUCGCUUGGGUUGCCUCUGGGACGAGCUGGGCGACGGCGUAUGCAAUUCAAAGUGCAACCUCGCAGAGUGCGGCUUCGACUUUGGUGACUGUGACGAACGUGCGCUGUCAAUGUUGCCGAAAGUGAGCGUGGGCGAGAGCUCGAUAUUCGCACUUGACGGGUCGACCAUUGUGCUCAACACGUCGCAAUUGGGAACGAAAGUGUCGGCAACAGCCGCCAACAGUGGCUUGGCGCCUCGCCGGCUUCAAUCCAUAGACGGUCAUGGUGUUGUCGUGGCCCGAACUGUGCUCAUGCUGACCAAUACCGUAUCGAACGCGUCAUGGACGGUAGUUGUGGUGCCAAACGCUCGUCACCUGCACCGCGGUUUCUGGUACAUUGACGGAGCGCCUGAUGCUUGGUCCGCUGCGUCGGUCGUGACCCAUUGGCAAGAGCCAUUCCAACUCGAGCCAUCCCAACUCGAUGUACGUGUUUAUGCGCCAGCUCGAAACGCCUCGUCUGCGGUGUACGCCGAGACUGUUGUCAACGGUGUGUUGACGCGCAUUCGCUGCGGUGACACCAAUUUGACGGCUGCUUGCUCGUGGAGUGGGUCCAACCUAUCCGUGUCGACACUGGCUUCGACAGUGCGCCUGUGCCUCGAUGAAGUUAGCUGCCUCGUCGUCGUGUCUGCUAACACAUCGGUGCAUGUGGCAACGCCUCCACAUCUCGAACUGGUGCUGCCCACAACUGUUCGCGACUGCGGUCGGUACCUCUCGUGCACUGCUUUGUUCGAAUCGCUCGACGAGUCGUGCGUGAACGAUAUCGCAUACCUGGGGCGACGCGCCAAGACGGCGUUGGUGACGCUCUGCACACGAGACGCCAGCGAUGAGGCCGGUGCCGCCAUGUUGAAAAAGAUGUGCCGUGUUGGUGCUGGCACCGAAAUGCUGCCGUCGCGGAUCGCAGGCUGCUUGGCGCCGGAAGAGCUCGGCGACGAUGCUACGGCCCCAGAUAUGUUUGGGGAUUCACUUCGAUUUGUGGAUCGACUGUUGACAAAAACGUUUGGACAUCCGGUGCAUCCGCGGGGCGUGCCGUCGCACAUGCCGCACUUUGUCCAGAAGCGGCUUUGGACGGAAGCCAAGCAGCUUUGGCCAGUCGAGUUUGACCUGACGUCGUCACACCGGUUUCGCCUCCCGACCGACAUGCAGUUUAGCUUUACGUACAUGCACUAUGUUGCAAACCGGCACCGGCCAUUGACACUUCCCGAGGUGUUUGACUCACUCAUCGAUAUCAACCACAAUGGCGUCGUCGACGAAUACGAGGUUGAGAACAUCCAGGCACUUGUACCCAAGCAGCUUACAACCUGCUCGACGGAUGCGCCAUGGACGCAAGCGUUCUUGAUGGCCAAUUGUUUGGAUCUCGUUACCGCAUUGACGACGGCACCGAUUUUGCCACCGGCGACGUUCCGCGUGCGCACGCCCCCGGUGUUGUUUGUGAUGCUCAACUCCCAGGCAAGCGCCAUCGACGUCAAGUACCAACUGCACUUGACGACUCAGAAAUUUGUUUGCAUCAACGACGACAUUUCAUGGCCGGCACCAGAGGUUUCGUUCGUGCUGCAGUGGUUUUUGAGGCAGCAUUGGCCACACCCAUCAACAUUCGAGCUGCUAUACGGUGCGACGCACAGCUACAGCACGUUGAGCGCGUACUAUGAAGAAGUCAAAGCGCAAACUGCGCCUCGACCAUCACGAGUGUACACACCUCACAUAUCGUAUUGGCACUACACGCCGUGGCUGCUGCCGUGGGUGUCGAGUGUGUUGUACUCGCGGUUGAGGGGCAGCAGCCGUCGCCGAGUCCAACCGCAAGAGGGUGCACCGACCGCCUUGACAUUUAUCGUAUGACACGCCAGUGGCAAUUCCAUUCAGCGGCAUAGGAGUAAUUUUAUUGCAACGAACCAAAGACCAAGCAUCCGCUUUAGCUGUCAAGGUUACAGAGACUCCGAUUUCUCGUCAGGUUUGCCGACGACAAGCUCAAUUGGACGCUCUUGGAUAUUCACAUUG